CAAACAGGCACCUGGUUCCAAACCAAAGGGAGCCCAGCAGGAAACCAGCUUCUGAACAUCAACCACUGCUGUCAGUGAAUAUCUGCUCUCAGCAUGAUGUGGAAAACCACAGCGCUUGCAGCGUGUCUGCUGCUGGCUGGAGUACAGGCGCUGGACGGCCCCUCGUACGGAGUCAAAUUAUGCGGCCGCGAGUUCAUCCGCGCUGUCAUCUUCACCUGCGGAGGCUCACGAUGGAAGCGCUCCUUGACAAAUACAGAUGAAAUACUGGACUUAUUCAACUCUUAUGACAAUAAUGCUCCAGACAGCACAGGGCUGUACAGUGCUGCACUGUCCUCCCAGCAUGCCACUGACUCAAAUCUUCCAUCACUGGCACAAGGUGAACAGGAAGGCGGCGUGUUCAGCAGGCCCGUACGCUCUCUCAUUUCAGAGGAGGUGCUUGAAGCAUUGCGUACCGUGGACAGAAAGGGACGCGAUGUAGUGGUGGGACUGUCCAACGCCUGCUGCAAGUGGGGAUGCAGCAAAGGAGAAAUCAGCUCCCUUUGUUGAGACUAACCUUCUCUGUGGCAUGAGUGAAUAAAAAGAGAGAGAGAGUGUGCACGUCCUGUGUUUAAUUUUUCCGUCUCUGUUCAUAUAUUGUGCUUGAGACUUGUAAAUGGUUUGCAUUGAGCUCCCUUGUUGCAGUUAAUUUAAAUAAUGAUUUUAUAAUGUUUGAUGUUGUAAUAAGUUACUUUUUGUAUUUAAUGCAGUGUUUGCUUAUUAAUCUUUAUCUAGAGUAUAUUU